UGACCCUAUUGCUUUAAGCCUCCUGGCUUGAUAUCUAUGUAUACACAGGUAUAUGUGUAUAUGUUAUAUACUUUUCUCCAUUUAUUGAUAUCAAAGAGAGUUGAAGGAAAUGAAUUUUGAAACUUCACGGUGUGCCACCCUACAGUACUGUCCCGACCCUUACAUCCAGCGGUUUGUAGAAACCCCAGCCCAUUUCUCUUGGAAAGAAAGUUAUUACCGAUCCACUAUGUCCCAGAGCACACAGACAAAUGAAUUCCUCAGUCCAGAGGUUUUCCAGCACAUCUGGGAUUUUCUGGAACAACCCAUCUGUUCAGUUCAGCCCAUUGACUUGAACUUUGUGGAUGAACCAUCAGAAAAUGGUGCAACAAACAAGAUUGAGAUUAGCAUGGACUGUAUUCGCAUGCAGGACUCGGACCUGAGUGACCCCAUGUGGCCACAAUACACGAACCUGGGGCUCCUGAACAGCAUGGACCAGCAGAUCCAGAACGGCUCCUCGUCCACUAGCCCCUACAACACAGACCACGCGCAGAAUAGCGUCACGGCGCCCUCGCCUUACGCACAGCCCAGCUCCACCUUCGACGCCCUCUCACCGUCACCCGCCAUCCCCUCCAACACCGACUACCCGGGCCCACACAGCUUCGAUGUGUCCUUCCAGCAGUCAAGCACCGCCAAGUCUGCGACAUGGACGUAUUCCACUGAACUGAAGAAGCUGUACUGCCAAAUUGCAAAGACAUGCCCCAUCCAGAUCAAGGUUAUGACUCCACCACCUCAGGGUGCUGUCAUCCGGGCCAUGCCUGUCUACAAGAAGGCCGAGCAUGUCACUGAAGUGGUAAAAAGGUGCCCCAACCAUGAGCUGAGUCGUGAAUUCAACGAGGGACAGAUUGCCCCUCCCAGUCAUUUGAUUCGAGUAGAAGGUAACAGCCAUGCCCAGUACGUAGAAGACCCCAUCACAGGAAGACAAAGUGUGCUGGUGCCUUAUGAGCCACCUCAGGUUGGCACUGAAUUCACGACAGUCUUGUACAAUUUCAUGUGUAACAGCAGUUGUGUUGGAGGGAUGAACCGACGUCCAAUUUUAAUCAUUGUUACUCUGGAAACCAGAGAUGGGCAAGUCCUGGGCCGCCGCUGCUUUGAGGCCCGGAUCUGUGCUUGCCCAGGGAGAGACAGGAAGGCAGAUGAAGACAGCAUCAGAAAGCAGCAGGUCUCGGACAGCACAAAGAAUGGUGAUGGUACGAAGCGCCCUUUCCGUCAGAACACACAUGGCAUCCAGAUGACAUCCAUCAAGAAACGAAGAUCCCCAGAUGAUGAACUGUUAUACUUACCAGUAAGGGGCCGUGAGACUUACGAGAUGCUGCUGAAGAUCAAAGAAUCCCUGGAACUCAUGCAGUACCUUCCUCAGCACACGAUUGAAACCUACAGGCAGCAGCAGCAACAGCAGCACCAGCAUUUACUUCAGAAACAGACCUCGAUGCAGUCUCAGUCUUCCUACGGUAACAGCUCCCCACCUCUGAACAAAAUGAACAGCAUGAACAAGCUGCCUUCCGUGAGCCAGCUUAUCAACCCUCAGCAGCGCAACGCCCUCACUCCCACCACCAUUCCUGAUGGCAUGGGAGCCAACAUUCCUAUGAUGGGCACCCACAUGCCAAUGGCUGGAGACAUGAAUGGACUCAGCCCUACCCAAGCCCUCCCUCCCCCACUCUCCAUGCCAUCCACCUCCCACUGCACCCCCCCACCUCCGUACCCCACAGAUUGCAGCCUUGUCAGUUUCUUAGCAAGGUUGGGCUGUUCAUCAUGUCUGGACUAUUUCACGACCCAGGGGCUGACCACCAUCUAUCAGAUUGAGCAUUACUCCAUGGAUGAUUUGGCAAGUCUAAAAAUCCCUGAGCAAUUCCGACAUGCCAUCUGGAAAGGCAUCCUGGACCACCGGCAGCUCCACGACUUCUCCUCCCCUCCCCACCUCCUGCGGACCCCAAGUGGUGCCUCCACAGUCAGCGUAGGCUCCAGUGAGACCCGGGGUGAGCGUGUCAUUGACGCUGUGCGCUUCACCCUCCGCCAGACCAUCUCCUUCCCACCCCGAGAUGAGUGGAAUGAUUUCAACUUUGACAUGGAUGCUCGUCGCAACAAGCAACAACGUAUCAAAGAAGAGGGGGAGUGAGCUGAGCAGUUGUGGUGCCCUCUUCCCAGUUUCCCAUCUGCCUACCCCCUAUUCCCCCACCCCCACAACAAGGCACUCCUGCUUGUCCAGCCAAGCAUUCUCCUUAGCUCCUCUCCUUCCUCUUUUCGGUCUGGUUUCUUAAGGGAAGGAGAAAUAAGAGGCUACAUUUUACCUAAUGUCUGACCUAGCGCCUGAUUCUGUUUUCUGGCUUUAAGCCUUCAGCUCCCUUGUUUGCAGGACCGAAAUUGUCAUGGCUAUGCAGAAGUGAGCAAAAAAGCAGUGGGUGUCUCCUUAAGCGGCAGAGAGCUCUCAUUGACUUUUAUAAAGCAUUUUCACCCUUAUAGUCUAAGACUAUACAUAUAAAUAUAUAAAUAUACAGUAUGUAUUUUUGGGUGGGGGCAUUGAGUAUUGCUUAAAAUGUAAUUUAAAGGAAAAAAAUGGAGUUGCACUUAUCACCUUUUUUUUUCUUUCUAAUUUACUUGUUUUGGAUGGCUUAUCUAUAGGCCUUCUCUCAAAGUCAGCCAUGAAUGGUAGUAGGUAUCUAGAUCUUGAUAGUGUAUGUGAGUGACAAUGACAUGUAGGUGCCUUCAGUUCUUUUGAUGCUAAACACAUGUUACAUCCAACCUUUGGUUUGAUCUAUUUGUUAUUAUGUGGGUGAGACUGGAUACCUAAGUACACGAUUCUCUACGUUGGUAUAUUUUAUGUUACUGAUAUCUCUGCUACUGAUGGUGGUUGCCUUCGGGGUGAUAUAGCUCAAUUACAAGAAAAAGUCCAUGUUUACACUAUCACUCACCAGAAGAAAAGAAAUAUCCUCCCUUGCUUUUGGUUGGGAUUGGGGAAUGUGAAUAACGGCCAAAAUCCUUAAAAAGUCAUUGCACCCAGUUCAGUAGCAACUGACACCAUGUGUCCUGGUAUAUCAGCAGUCUCCUCAUAUUUAAUACCAGACACACCUUAACUCUCAGUAUUUAUUGGCAAAGCAUUAGCUGCCAGUACAAAAGCUUGGAAACUAAAUUUCACAACUAGAUUGAUUAACUCAAUUACAUAUUUGCUACCCUUGUUUAAGGUUAGCAAAUUAAGGUUGAUUUGAUUGGGAUGAAUGCACCUGUCUAGUUCUUGCAAUAAACCUUUAAUAUGUAUUAAGAAUAUCCAGGAAAAACAGGAAUCUUACAGAGAUAUUGCAUCUCUGCUAAACAGUAAGAGAUCUCAGUAAACCAUGAAUUGAAGCACUUGGAAGACUUUUUGAAACAUAAAUAGUAUUAUUUGGUAAAUUUUUCCUCUAGUGACCCUCACAUUCUAUAAAAUUCUGCUUAUAAAGGCUUGUUGAUCUUUCUGUCUUCAGGGUUUAAAAUAGGGGUAUUGAUUUGGAAAAUGUAAAAUUAUGAGAUCAGUUUUACUGUAGCAUUAGUUGUAUCACUACAUCACUUAUCUUUUUGAAUACUAUUAGUUUUACUUAGAUUGAAAGUCACUGUGAGAACCCAACUUCCCGUCCAUCUCUCUUCUGGACUGUGCACAUGCAUAAAAAUAUCCCAACAGAUCAGAGGGUAAGCUUUCCAUUGGAGAUGUUGCUUGAACCACAUAAGCUGAGACUUGUCUUCAGAUUCAAAAAUAAAAGUGUAAAUGGAGAUAUUCCUGUACAUCUUUUAGAAACAUACUUCAUAGCAGAUACUUUUUUUUUCAAACCACAAAACCAAGUAUUUUGUAUAUAUUG